GGUUGCUAUAGUUGUCUCUAUUUAAUGCUUUAGUUCUCUUCCGAAGAAAUUGUCAAUUUAGUCUCUAAACAUACAAUGAAGUUAAAUUUUGGUCUCGGGUGCUAAUACCAGAGAAGAGUUUCUAGUAGUGUAAACUGUAAAACCGCUAUAAAACUUUCUGAUGGUGAGAAAGCACAACUAAAAUUUACUGUUUUUUUGGACAGAGACUAGAACUUAAAAAGGGACAACUAUAGAGACCAAGUGAAUCCUUCAACCUUGUACACAACGAUGGUAGAUCAAAUAUGACUCCUCCUGGAAGAAAAGCAACCAUCAGGGAGUUUUAUGCUAUUAUUCUGCCAUCUCUUCAAAGACUUCAUGGUAGCAUGGAGAAGUUAAACAUUUGUAAGAGCGGACAUUCUAGCAUAGAAAGCUCAAGUUAUGGCAAGAAACUGAUUGAAGGAGAUGCAAAACCAAUCCAUGUGGAUUUGGAAAGAGAAGAUGAAUGUGGGAUAUGCUUAGAGCCUUGCACCAAAAUGGUUUUACCUAAUUGCUGUCAUGCCAUGUGUAUCAAAUGCUACCGCAAGUGGAACAAAUUGUCAGAGUCUUGCCCUUUUUGCCGUGGUACCUUAAGGAGAGUUAAUUCUGAGGAUCUGUGGGUACUAACUUGUAAUGAAGAUGUUGUUGAUGCUGAAACAGUUUCCAAGGAGGACUUGUUACGUUUCAACCUUUAUAUCAACAACCUACCAAAAGAUCACCCGGAUGCACUUUUCUUAAUGUAUUAUGAGUAUCUGAUUUGAUAAAUAUAUUUCAGUGUACAAAUAGGGAAAUCCAGACUGCAAUUGUAAAUAGAGUCUCGUAAGAAAUAUUUCUGAUCAUGUAAGGCACAACAUUGCAGAGAUAUAUGUGGAAUUGUUGUCCAGAAUGUAGAGUACUAUUACAACCUACUUCGAACCAGUUGUUUGAGUUCAAGUUACACUUUUUCUAAGAAGCUAAUUAAGAUGUACUGAUCCAUUAACUGAAGAUUUCUAUUAAACUAUUUCUGAUGUAUUGAUUCA